UAACAGCCAGAAGACUAAAUGAUGUCAACAGUUUUGGCACACAGCUGGACAAAUACAGGAAAGUUUCAAUGAAAGCGAUGUGACGAAUAGCCAAAAGAGUAUUAGCUAUUAAAAUGCAAAAAAUAGCAAGUCUACGCUCCGACAUGGAAAGAUACACUGGGUCAGCAUUUCUUGCGCCCGCAGCUGUUACAAUAUUAGGGCACAAAGUAUGGGCUUAAUUUUGGAGAUUAUCAAAGUAAACAAAAGUUUCUGUACCCGCUGUGGUGCAAAAGCUGUGAUGUGCUUUAAAUACAACCGAUAUUGACGAGCAGUGCGUUAGAAUUACAGUACCAGUGCCACGAUGAAGGUAGUAGCAAUCUGUGUCGUACUACUUGUGAAGCUGCUGUUCCAUGGCAGUGUGUUGGCGAACAGUAGUGCCGAAGCGGAAAGUAACACUGACAAUGGAAACGAGCAAUCGUCCCCUAGUGUACGGGAGAGUGUCGACACCAACGCCAACUCAUCCCAUUCUGGGCGCAUUAUCAAUGGAAAGCAGGGAAAUGUCGCAACAUUUCCAUACAUAGUGCGUAUGCGAGUGAAAAACGAAGGUUACUGUGGAGCUACCAUCAUUACGUACUGGCACGUCUUCACUGCUGCUCACUGUGUGUACCACAUUGAGGAUCCGGCCACGAUCACAAUGUACGGUGGCAGUGCGUCGCAAACCAGUGGAGGUGUUGUGUUUUCCCCCUCCAAAAUCGUUAUCCAUCCGCAGUACAAUUCUUCGACACUUGACUACGAUGCAGCAAUUAUUCGAGUGAACAAUACCUUCCAAGGGUAUAAGACUAUAGCUCCCAUUGCGCUCCAAGUGUCAGACGUUCCUGUUAAAACUAAGUGCUACGUGAUUGGCUGGGGCUGGACACAGUAUGCUACGAAAGCCACACCGGACAUUAUGCAGUACGCGAUGCUCCAGGUAGUGCCAGUGAAGAAGUGUGCGUCAGCCUAUAUCUACGUGCCGAAAGAUUUUAUCUGUGCUUUCCAAGGAAAUGGAGUGGACAUAUGCCAUGGAGACAGUGGAGGACCGUUCGUUUGUGAGGGCAAGCUGGCAGGUGCUACCUCUUUCGUUGGUCCGGGCUGCCAGGGUCAAAUACCGUCCGGGUUUACUAAAAUAAGCGCACCAUCCAUUCGGCAGUUCAUUCGAAAACAUGCGGGAAUUUAACAUUCAACGGCAACAUGAAAAGCUUAGGUACAAAAAAAGAAAAUCAUUCAAACAUACGAAAGAUAUAUGGAAACAGUGCUACUAAAUUCCCUUUUUAGAGAAGUUGGAGUAAAGGAGCUGACAAAAGCACGGUUAAAACAUUGACCUACAGUCAACUCUCUCUUAUUUCAGAGGCGAUGGGACUGUCGAAUAAGUGGGGGUUUCAACACGAUUGCAGAUUGGAGCAUACAUCAUUCAUUAACCAUGGCAACACCAUACACAAAUAAGAGUGGUAUAGAUUUCAGAGGUUUUCCAAAUUAGA